AUGAAGAAGAAGACAAGGCAGCUGAGAUACCUCUUCAAUGCUGGAGACUGCUAUACAGGCCCUGUUGGUUUGUACAAUAUAGGACAGACUUGUUGCCUUAACUCUUUGCUCCAGGUGUUCAUCAUGAACCAGAAUUUCACCAAGAUCUUGAAGAGGAUCACGAUGCCUAGGGAACUGGAAGAUCGAAAGAGAAGUGUCCCUUGCCAGCUACUUCUGCUCCUGGAGAAGAUGCAAGACAGCCGGUUGAGAGCAGUAUGGCCUGUGGAGCUGGCAUUCUGCUUGAAAACCUGUAACGUGCCUUUGUUUGUCCAGCAUGAUGCUGCCCAACUAUUCUUGACCCUCUGGAAUUUGAUUCAGAGCCAAAUUACAGACUUAGAUCUGUCAGAGAGGCUGAAGACCUUAUAUACUGUCACGGUACAGGAGUCCCUGGUCUGUCUGGACUGCAAUUCAAAGAACCACAGAGAUAGCAGGAUGUUGAUCCUUUCUCUAUCACUUUUUGAUAAUGACUCAAAACCUCUGAAAACCCUGGAGGAUUCCCUACAUUAUUUUCUCCAGCCCAAGAUGUUGUCAGAAAAAAACAAGUGUCUCUAUGAGAACUGUGGGAAGAUGACUUAUUGGCAACAGACCCUGAAGUUAAUGCAUUUGCCCCCGAUGCUGACAUUCCACCUCAUGCGCUUCUCUUGUAAAGAUUUCUCAAACACUCAGAAGAUCAUUCACCCACUGAGUUUUCCCCAACGCCUGGAUUUCAGUCAGGUUCUUCCAGAAGAACAAGAUUGGGGGGACUCUGAAGGACAGCAAUAUGAACUUUUUGCCGUGGUUGCUCACAUGGGGACAGCCAACUUUGGACAUUACUGCGCUUAUAUCUGUAAUCCUGCUGAUGGCCAAUGGUUCUGCUUUAAUGACUCCAGUGUCUGCUGGGUGAUGUGGGAAGACAUCAAAAGGACCUAUGGGAACUAUAACUUAUAUUGGGGAGAAACAGCAUAUCUUCUGUUUUAUAAGAAGACUGAAACCUCAUUGACUAGUUCUUAAGCCACUUUCAAGACUAUCAGAUAAUAUCAAAGUCCUUUUCUACCUUCAAAACCUGGUGACUUUUAAAAAAGGAUUCUUGUUGUCUUUAUUAUUUAUUAAGCAAUCAUUUUUACAUGUAGUUCUAGUAGAACUCAAUCUUGGUUUGUGCCUACAUAAUUGUGCUUUUUAUGAAUCACAAUUAUUUUUCAAACUUCAUAUUUAUAUUCCUUCCUUUGUGCCUUUUUCCUCUGCAUUUGUGCUUUCUACAAAUAUACAUUGAACAUGGGUGAGCUAACUUAAUUAUUGGAUAACUGAGUGAAAACUCACCUCAAUCCCCUAUAUAUCAUUAGUUUUUGAUCCUGCUUUCCUCACAUCUCUUUCAGCAAUCCACCAGAACACCAGGGCAGGGCCUUACUCUUGACUUAGAAAUAAAAAUCAAAUUGAUAAGCUCAUUACAUCUGGAAAGGAUAUGGCAAUCUAUUGUCCUUUGGCUAUAUUCAAUUGCCAAAACUCAAGUGCACAGCCACUGCUUGCCUAUGUAUGUUGUAUUCCCAUGAUAGAAUAUAAGUUAUUUAAGGAGAGAGUUUUUCUCAUUUUGUGUGUGUG